UACCGGCACAAAUCUACUAACGUGGUGACUGCCGAAUUACAUGCCGCAAUUAAUUGUCGGAGUGGGAAGCAAUCGAAACAGAAUACGUAAACGAACAACGAAAUAAAUCACUGUUUUUAAUCUUAAUAUAAUAAACCCAACAAUGCAGUCGACUACUUGUAGGCAAAGUUCUAUGAUGUCAGAUACAGAUAAAUAGUCACACUAGAAAACAGAAGAAAAGAAUAAACACGUACUUUAUGCAACAAUCGCAGUUAAAGUGGUGCAAGUUUAUCAAUGACGGGUAGCUGUAUUCAGUUAUUUGCCGAGCUUAAUUUUCCAAUAUUGUAUCGCGUAUGCCCUUUAAUUCAUACGGAAAGUGCACUGAUAACACAAAUACGGAAAAACGUCUCGCCAUGAAGUAGCAUGUAAAUAAUUAAUGCAGUGGAGCGGCCGCGUGGGCACCAUUUUGCUGGUGUUAGCGGCGAUGCUGCAGUUGUCUGCCGCCCUCACAGGUUGUGAGCAGUUAAAACAAGAAGCCGAGAGACAUUCCCGAAUGUUGCAAGAACCUGUAAGAAUCCCUAAAUGUACCCACAGUGGCGAAUUUGAGCCCGUCCAGUGCAAUUCCAAUAGCUGCUGGUGUGUAGAUGAAGCAGGCCUUGAAUUAGCUGGAACACGAGCUCAGAGUCAUGAGGUCAUCAACUGCUCGGAUCCAAAGCCAUGUGCAGGGCCAACCUGUCGCAUGCUUUGUCCUCAUGGUUUUGUAAUGGAUGAAUCUGGAUGCCCAAAGUGUGAAUGCUAUGACCCGUGCAAAGAGCUCAAGUGUCCUGGUUCUCUGAUGUGUGAACUAGAAGAAGCUACGUGUUCCACACCACCUUGCCCUCCUAUACCAAAAUGUAAAAGAGGCCGCAGUUUGAAUGACCUGUGUCCAUCUGGAGAACCACUAAAAAUAACCAACACACCACGUCCAUUUCUUUGUGGUUUAUCACCUGGAAAGCCACAGUGUCCACCAUUAUACCAGUGUAUGGUUAACACCGGUCAUGAUUAUGGUGUGUGUUGUCCAGCAUCUUUCAGUCUCCAAAAACCUGGCUCUUGCCCAAUUUGGGACCAAAAUGACCCAAAUAAUUCUAUAACAUGUGGAAUGAAGUGUAAUUAUGACUUGGAAUGCCCAUCAAUGCAGAAAUGUUGUGAGACAGAUGUUUGUGGUAAACACUGUAGUCAGCCACAGGAUGUGACAGUUUGCCUUCAGCAAAAAUUGCUUGCUGAACUACUGUCCAUGAAUGAGAAAGAAGGAAAAGGAUAUAUCCCACAAUGUUCAGAGAGUACUGGAGAAUUUGAAGCAAAGCAGUGUAGUAGGAAUGGACUGGUUUGUUGGUGUGUUGAUUCCAAAGGAGACAAGAUAUCUGGAACAAUGGGGCCUGGAGCUAAAGUCAAUUGUGAAAAAGUGUCACGAACAAGAGCAACAGGGCGCAGUUCAUCUCCAUCCUGUGAUCUCAAUAUCUGUGCGCAAGUGUGUGAAUAUGGGUUUAAAACUGGAGAUGAUGGAUGCCGAACAUGUGAAUGUGAUAAUCCAUGUGAAGGAUUCACAUGUGGUGAUGGAGAAGAAUGUGUUGCUGUCAAGGAUGACUCAUGCACAGAUUUCUUGUGUCCUACCUUACCUGUUUGUCGUCAAAAAAAGGCAUUUAUGAAUCUCUGUGGUGUAAGCAGUCCUCUAGUUGAUGCUGAAACUGGAGAAGCAGUAGAAUGUAAAAUAAAUGACACAGCAAUUAAUUGUCCAAGCAAUUAUGAAUGUGUGUCUGCUAAUGACACAGAUCAUGGUGUCUGUUGUAUCAGUGAAGGUAGACCAGAACAAAUACAACUGGAUGUAUGCAUAUCAGAACCAGAAGAAAAUUGUGAAAAGUUAAUGCCAUGUCAGGCAGAUAAUGAUUGUGAAGAAUACGGCAGAUGCUGUUUCAGUGAUAUUUGUGGUGCAGUAUGUAUGAGUACUCCAGUACCAGAAGAACGGCCACAGACAAUGUGUGAAUACUUGCGUGACUUCAAUGAUAAAAUGGAAGGAACAAGAGAAGGUAUGAGUCUUGCAUUACCUGCUCCUAGAUGCCAUCAAAAUGGUUCAUAUGAGGCAAUGCAGUGUUCAUUGCAUAAUGGCAGAGAAGAAUGUUGGUGUGUGGAUGAAUUUGGUUCAGAAAUACCCCAUUCAAGGAACAAUGGCUCAACAAACUGUGCAGCAUUACGUGAAGAAAUAUCAUGCCUGGGCCUUACAUGUAGGCUGGGUUGUGACUAUGGCUUUGAAAUGGAUCCAGAAACUAGGUGUCCACAUUGUGAAUGUAGGAAUCCUUGUGAUUCUAUCCAGUGUUCUUUAGAGGAAGAAUGUCAGAUGGUGGAGGUAAACUGUGAUGACGAAUUCUGCCCGUCUGUACCUGCAUGUCUGCCCAAGAAACCUGGCCAGUGUCCAUAUCUAAUACCAAUGAAUUCUGGAUCUUGUGACUAUGAAUGUAAGUCAGACAAUGACUGCAAUUCCACAUCGAAAUGCUGUUCUAAUGGAUGUGGAACACAGUGUAUUGAGCCUGUUCUUCUUACAGCAUGCCAACAUCAAAAGGCAAUAGUACAGCAUAAGGCACACGAGAAGGGCAUUCCAGCGAGACAGUUGUAUGUGCCCCAGUGCAAUGAUGAGGAUGGGUCAUUUGAACAAAUUCAGUGUCAUCCUGUGAGCAGACAAUGUUGGUGUGUUGAUGAGAAAGGUGAAGAGCUGCCUGGUACCAGAGCACCACCCGAUGUACAGCCAUCCUGCAGUGCUCCUGCUGAAUGUCCUGAACUGGAAUGUGAGCCAUGUGAGCAUGGCCACCAUAUGGAUCAGUUUGGAUGCCAGACCUGCAAGUGUCGCAAUCCAUGUGAAGAUAUCUCAUGCAAUGGUGAUGGAGAGACGUGUCGCCUUGUUAAAGUAUCGUGUAUAGACAGGCCUUGUCCACCAGUACCCAUGUGCUUGCCACACAAAGAGAACCCCUGUCUCUAUGGACACCCUCUGUUGUUGAAAAACACAUCUAAUGUGAUGCAGUGUGGCCCAAAUGGCUUGCAGUGCCCUUCAUCACACAAAUGUCAUUUGAGUCCUUUGGGAGAAUAUGCUGUCUGCUGCCCAAAACCAAGAGAUGUGUGUUUUGAACCCAAAGAUGAAGGUUUUUGCAAUACAACAAAUGAUUCUAGAUGGUACUUCAAUGCUGAGAAGAAUAAAUGUGAAAUAUUUAACUUUGGUGGCUGUGGAGGAAAUCAGAACAGUUUUGAAUCUGAAGAAAUUUGUAAUACUGUUUGCCCAGUUCUGAGUCAGUGUGAACGCCUGCGGGAGAAAAACCAAAAGAUGGCAGAAAUGUAUAAGAAACCUACUUUCAUUCCAAAUUGUAAUCCUGAUACAGGAAACUGGGAGCCAGUUCAGUGCUUGAAGCAUGUUGGUGUUUGUUGGUGUGUCAAUAAAAUUGGCGAACAUGUUAAAGGAUCACUUAUACGUGGUGAUUCACCAAAUUGUAGUUCCCGGCAAGCUCGUAGACGAAUGGAUGUGGAGGAAGAUACCUUGGCAGAAGAACUCUUAAGAGAAGUGUCUCAGUUAAUUGCUCAAGAAGAAUAUAUCCCAGAUGUGAUUGUGAAUGAAGAGGACAGUAUUAUGUUUGAAGAUGGUUUUAAAACAAGGUGCCAAGCACAGAAAGAAAAAAUGUCAGGUGCCAACUCUGCAUACUCGGUCGAAUGUGAUGCUGAGGGCAGAUUUUCUCCGACACAAUGCUACCCACGGAAUUCAGAGAAAUUUCCUGAGUGCUGGUGUGUUGAUGAAGCUGGGAAUCAACUUCCUAAUACCACUACAUUUCAGAGAGGCUCAAAAAUAUGUCUGCCUACGCCAGUGCAAGCUGUUGACAUCACUUUGGGCUUUCAUGGACAUUUCAGCAGAUCGCUUGAAAGCAAACUGGAAACAAAGAUAGCAAAAUUGUUGUUUGAUAUUGGUGCAAAAUUGAAGGACAAUGAACUAAGAAUUGAGGCCCAGCCAGAUACUAUAUUUAUAAACUUUUCUGUGAUUGGCAGCAGUAAGGUUGACGUGUCUUUCUUCUUGGAGCAAAUGGUCAAAAAUGAAAAACUGAUCCUCAAUAUUGGUGAAGGUCAUGCAGCAAAAGCCGAUAUUACAAUCUCACGCUUCACUCAUCGAUUGGCGGAUUAUGACUCAAAUGACAUAGAAUAUUCAGACCGUAUAAUAGCAUUAGAACACCGAGAAAUAGUAUCCCAGUCAACAGUGUCGAUGAUAACUCCAUAUCAAACAGCAAUCAUUGUACUCUGUGUUGGGUCUGCCUUUAUUAUCUGUAUAUUGGUUAUUGUCAUCAUUUUAUACAAGAAGAAGAUUGCAUCCUCUCAGCUUUCAGAAUCUCUUAAUGAAAAGUGUGCAGGACUGGAUCAAAGAUUUUUAGCUCAAGCUCCACCAAUAUAUGUGGUGUCUUUGCCACCACCUAAAACCAUGAGUGAUGAAUCUUCUCAUCACAAAUCGAAAGAGAUUCCGUGUCAGACCAAAGAAAGGAAGGAUGGGGUGCCAGAUACCGUUGCGUCAAGUGAAGCAAAACUGGAAGACAGCAGGCCAGAUAAUGAUGUUGUGUAACAUGGGUUGCAUGACUUAUCAUUGUUACACCACACAUUUUGAUGGUGCAGCAGAGUUGUGGUCGUUCUCUUUAGACUGAACUAAUUGUGACACUCGACUGGUACAACUGAGGAAAUGAUGACUAUGUGAGAAAGAGCUGGUUCACAGUAUGAAAUGUUUAUUUCAUUUGUGUAUUAUAUGUAUAUUCACCAAUGAAUUAUUUCAUUAUUUUAACUUGUAGCUCAUCAUCAUCAUCAUCAUCAUCAUCAUCAUGGACUGUUCAUAUUCCUUUUCAUACUGCAUUUUUUAAAUUCAUUUUAGCAGCAUGAUAUAUCUGCAAACCAGUAAAUAUACAUUUAACUCUCUUCAUCUUAGGUGUCAUCAGUUUGAAGUGUAUUACUACUGUGAUGUGCCACGUGAAAACAGUCAUGUGUUGGCCACUGUUCGUAUUCCAAAGAAUGAAGUUAUUUUGCUUGUUUGCUUCCUACUCUGAAUGAAUUUGAGAAAACUAUGCACAGAAAGAGAAAAAAAUAUGUUGUCUUUGCAAAGCCUAAACUACAUCUUUUAUACACUGGACUGUCAAAUAUUAAUUGUCUCUUUCAACAAUUUGCAUUACCAAGUGGUUUAGUAAAUAGUUUCGAAUCAUAUAGCAUUGGAAGGACAUGUGAGUUGCAGGUAUCUGGCAUAUAAAAAAAAUACUAAGUAGUAUUCAAUCCUCUUGGUAGGGAGUGACUGCUUAAGUUCCAUCUUUGUGUAAUUUUCAAAGAAAUAUUCAUUAAUUUUUGUUGAUAGUACUAACAAUCAGUUAAAUUUUGUAUUAGCUCUUUCCCCUACGUAAAACAAUGUCUUUCAAAUUUUACUAAAUCUGUAAUGUAACAAGAACACUGUACAUUAUUUGUCCUUUGAUUUACUGUAAUUUCAAAAGGAAAGGGCAUUGUUAACAAACACUGAAAUGCUACAUACGUAUGUAUUGCAUUUAAUGGAAUUCAGCUGUUAUGAUGGAAAAAUCUGAGACAGACACUUCACUAUUUGUUUAAUUUUAUUAAUGUUUCUUAAAUUUUCAUUUUUAUGCUGAGUAAAGUACUUUGAAGCUGACUGAUUGCACAACAGAAAUAUUUUCAAACACAUUAUUGUCACAGUUGGACUGACUGAGAGCUUCCACACCAACAAUGCAAGUAAUGUGCAACCAUUAGCUACACCAGUCAUGUUGAGUGGCUACUUGUAUAUAACAUAAUGUAACUAAUUACCAAAGACAAUGCAUCUCAGAUGUGUGAUAGACUAUAUGUUUAUUCUGCUGAGUGCAGCUUAAAUAUUCAUGGAGGACACAGGUUUUGAAAUGGCACUUGAAGAAACUGCAUGUUUGGAAGACACUUGCUGCCUUAAAUUUCUGUUUCAUGGUGUAGAUUAUAAUUUUAAAAAAGUAAGACAUUACUAUGCACACAGAAAAAAGCAAUGUUUAAACAUUUGUCCAUAAACAGAAGAUAAAAUGUGCUUAAUGACACAAUGGAUACUUAUCACUGAGCACAGUACAGUUUGCAUAGAUUACAUAUCUUACUUAUAAUGCAGGGCACUUAUACUGAAAUGGACAAAAAGCAGUUUGUAGUGUGAUAGCUUUGAAAUUACUCUCAUACUCCAUAGCCAAGUAAGGAGAUCUCUCUCUCUCUCUCUCUCUCUCUCUCUCUCUCUCUCUCU